AUGUGUUGCCAUGUCAUUGACAUCAAUAGUACACAGCAAAGUCAAACUGAUGUGAAUGAAUGGGAUUCGUUAUUCUUGAAUUUAAUUUUAUGUUCUGGAAAUGACCUUUAUACUUGCAUAAGCAAUUCUAUUGGAAAAGAAUUUUUACUAUUAUCUGAAGUACCAGAGUAUGUUUUGGUAUCCAGUCAAACAUUUCAUGUGACUUACAGUGCCUCAUUUGGGGGAGAUUUGUUUAGGAAUGCUACCAUGUUACCAUACUAUUCAUUGGAAGAUUCGCUAAAUAGCUUGUUCUUUAAUUCUCAAUAUCAAUAUUGUCUUUUGACAAUAAAUAGCAAUUGUGUUAGCAUUAUUAAAACUUCUGAAGGGCUUUACAAAGUUUUUGAUCCUCACUCAAGAGAUACUUACGGUAUUCCUGAUCCAAAUGGUAAAUGUGUUUUGGUUUCAAUUGAUAGCAUAGGAAAUUUAGUAACCUACUUUCAAAAUACUAUACCUGUACGAAGUGUGACACCAUUUGAAAUAAAAGGUGUAACAGUUGAGCUAAUGGCAUUUGAGUCAGCAGAACAAACAGACACUUCAGGUCAAAAAGCAAAUACAAAUAGAGCUUCUUACAAAAGGCGACAAACAACAGAGAGUGCAAGUCAUAAACAAGCUUGGUUGGAAAAUGCUAGGAUCUACAAAAAGAGAAAACAACCCGAGAAAGAAGUAAGAAAUUUACAGAAUCAGGGUGAUUAUCUUGAAAGGUUUGACAUCACAAAUGGUGGUAUUCAUGAACCGACAAGCUUGGGCAAAAUUUAACAUGCAAAAGUUUAGCAAAUCCAUUCAUUAUAUUGUAGCCAAAUGCACAAUUUGUAAAGAAGCAUGGCCUGUAAAAGCAUCUUCAAAAAUAUCUGAAACAUAUGUAUGCCAAAGGUGUUCUAGAGAUAAGAAAUCUCCAAGAAAAUUUUCAUUUGAAAAUUCAAUGAUUCCAUCCCCUCAACCUGUCCAGUUACAGGGUUUGACUCAAGUGGAAGAAAUGUUGAUUGCUCGAGCUCUCCCAAUUAUGAGAGUUUAUAUUAAGCCUGGUGGGCAGAGGGGUUACUCAGGUCAUUGUGUGAAUCUGCCACAAAGUAUUACAGAGCUGGCAACAUCAUUGCCACGAUAUCCGAGAGCAUUAUCUGUAAUUCUGGUUAAAGUGAAAGGUAAAAACAAUACAUUUAAAGAUGUAAAAGUAAGAAGAGAGAAAGUACAUAAUGCAUUAUUGUGGUUGAUACAAAAUAAUCCUCUUUAUGCUGAGUUAGAAAUAGAUACUGAUGCAUUGAAUUCUUUACCAGAAAAUGGUGUUCCAACUGAUCUCAUGGCUGUUGAGACUGAAGAUGAUAUAAUUAACGAUAGUGACAUGAUGCCUGAUGAAGGCCCACUUACUGAUAACCCAGAUGAGGACAUUGUUUAUAAUAACUCCACAGAAUUUAGUAGUUUUCUACCAGUUGGUGAACAGCAAGUACAAGAAAAGGAAGCUGUUAGAAACCAGCUGUCAGGUAAUGGAGCAAUUGCAUGGCCAACAGUUGGAGACCAAGCUUUAAACGAAUAUCAAAUAUCUUGCCUAGCCACAAUGGCCUUUCCAACAUUAUUCCCAGAUGCAAAAGGGGAUCCAACUAAUGAAAGCCUUUUGAGAGAUGUUUCUUUUGCAGAGCGAAUUAAACAUUUAAUUAAAUAUGGUGAGUUCAUUGAUUCAAAAUGGGUUUAUUGCUUUGCAAAGCACCCUAGAUUUUCAUAUUGGGCGCUUAAUAUGAUUCAGAGAAAAAGAAUUUUGCAACAGAGUGGAAUAUUUCUCAAGCAAAAUCCAGGUGAAGCACAUCUCACUAUUGAUGAACUACGUGAAAUGGCUGCAGGUAACAACUCAGCUGCAUUCAUGUCCAAAAUAUCAAGAUAUAUUGGAAAUAUUUCAGGUAGUAAUGCAUAUUGGAAUAAAGUUAGGGAGGAACUGAAAGCUAUAAUCACGAAUGUUGGGGCGCCAACCAUUUUCUUUACAUUUUCAUCAGCUGAUAUGCACUGGCCUGAGUUACACUCUUUACUGGGAACUGAUACAGCCAAUUCUAGCAGUGAUAUAAGACGACAAAAUGUAAUAAAUAAUCCACACGUUGUGGACUGGUUUUUUACUCAAAGGCUAGAAUGUUUUAUUAAACACUGGCUUUAUAAUACCCUAGGUGCAAAAUGGCACUGGUUUAGAUAUGAAUACCAAGGUAGAGGUAGUAUUCAUUGUCAUGGUACUGCUAAACUAAAUAAUGACCCAGGCUUGUGUCAACUUACUCAGACUGCUUUGAAAGGAUUCUUGUCUCAGAAAGUCAAAGACGAGAAUAGUAUCCUAAUUGACACAACAGAACUCGAUCAGGAUAUUGAAGCUGGUCAAAAAGCAGCUGACACAGUAUGUCAGUAUGUUGAUUGGUUGUUAUCAACUGUUAACCCCAACCCACCAGAUGAGAAUAUCUGGAUACGACCAAAUAUUCACCCUUGCCAAAAAUGCCAUGGUGAUAUUACUGACGAGGAACAAAAUAGUGAUUAUAUAGAUCUUUUAAAUAUGGUCCAGCGACACACUCGCUGUAGCACAAGUUACUGUCUAAGAAAGAAAUCUAAUGAGUCAGAAUUAAAAUGUAGGUUCCAUUUUCCUUUUGAUCACUGUCCACAGACUAAAUUAGAGUUUGAGAAAGUUAAUAGUAAGGAUGACAACAUGCAUUAUAAAGCAAGAGUUGUUACCAGACGAAAUGAUUCAAGGGUGAAUAAUCACCAACAAGUGCAGUUGCAAGGCUGGAGAGCAAAUUGUGAUGUACAGGUUGUAAUUGAUCAUUAUGCUUGUGUUGAAUAUCUCACAAAGUAUGCUGCUAAGGGUGAACCAAGGUCAUCU